AUGUGGAGAAGUUUUUUCAACAAAGAGCUGUGCUGGCCACAAGAAACCUGCUAUAUAGGCGAGUGGCAAAGCGGAAUGCGGCAUGGAAAAGGUUUAUUGAAAUUGGGAUCCCCAGGAGGAGCGAAAUUUUCUGGUGAAUGGAAGGAAGACGCGAAGCACGGAUACGGAUUGAUAAUAGGCAACAAUGGUGCUUUUACCGAAGCCGAUCCUUUGUUUCUGGAAAACGCGAUUGUUCCGCUAGAGUCCAGCAACGAGUCCUCGGCAAGGAAACUUGACAACGAUCGAGCGACAAUAGACACUAUUUCCCCAUCCGAGUACGACGGUGUAUACUUUGAACCCGAGCCAAGGAGAAUGCCCGAUCCACGUGCAACGACGGUUUUGAAAGCGGAACAAUGUCCACUACUGUGGUUUCAUGUUUAUCGCUUAUUGGAGCCUGAAUACAUUUGGCCUCUGUCCCUUUGUACAUCGUCGUCAGGAAAAUGUCACGUUUGCGACAGCGAUUCGUGCAUUUGUCGCGUCCCGGCCGACAAAGAAAUGUCGAGCACAGCUACAGGUUCCAGAAACUUGACCAGUAGGGAAGCCCAAACCAGCAAAACGUCCCAAUUAAUAAACAAAUCUUCAAGAUCCGAAAGUUCGGUGUUUGUGCCUGGCAAAGGUGGCACAGCGUUCAUCGUACAGUGCAGCAAUGAAAACGUGUCGCCUAAAACAAACGAUCACCAAUACGAGGAACGAUGGCUGUAUAAUUACCUGACGGCAAAUAUGUCAAGUCUAAGAGAGAUUUACCAAACUUACGCCGAGGCGUUUUCCUCGGCCCCGCCUAAAUGCGAUCUUUGCAUGAGCAGACUUGCACUUUGGCAAUUGUGGAGGGACUGUGGCAUUCAUGAUAAGGGAAUCAGCCUUGUGCAGAUCGACUGUUAUAUUGCCUUCAACAAGUCGACGUUUGUUGAGGAGAAGCAUAACCCUUUCGAAAAACUCGAAAUUUGGCAAUUCAUCCACGCAUUGCUAGAAGUGGCUUGGCAUAUAUACACGAAAUAUAUGGAUUCCGAGACAGAAAAUAUUCGCGGACGCCUGGCAGGUGGUCUUCACAAGCUCUUGACAAUUGACAUCCUUCCAAAUUUCGGAAAUCACGUCGGAACUCUUACGAGUGUUAAUCGUAAUUUAUUACCACUAUACGCAGUUUUCCGGUUGUACGAGUCAAUAGGAAAUCCUCACACCGUUUUACAGUUUCUUCGUUCCACGUGUAUUAUAAAAGGAACUUCCGACCCGGAACCAAAGUCAUGGGCACCAAAAAUUACGACUUUUCCGGAUUUUCUUCUGGAUGGCAGAAACGUCGUAACGGUUGGCGAAAGAGUCAGUUAUUUGCCGAAAGAAGCACCUUUCAAUGUGCCAAAAGUUCCUAAACCUGUCGAAAAGAAAGACCAGGACCGUUUAGCGCAGGAAUUAUUCGCCUUGCGGUGGCUGGGAGCUCCAAGAAUGGUUGAGGUCAUAGCCCACGUGUGUCCUUCGAUUAAAGAUCCACAGAGCGGCAUUAUUGUUAAUAUAUCGUACGAGCUCACGUUCCUGGAAUUUUACGAGAUCAUUUUGGAAGCCAGCAGACGUUUUCUAUACGCAAGAAGAAUUGAAGAAAUGAAAAUUGAAAAACAAGCAGAAGCUUCUGCACCUGACACCGCCCUCGACGAAAAUACAACAAAUGGAAUCCUCCAAGGAAAUUCCAAUCAACAUUCGGCAGCGUCGAAACGUUCAAGACCUAAAAAGAAGUUUCAAUAA